AUCCCCGGUUCCGAAGGAAAAAACAAAAACAAAAACAAAACCCGACAGAAAUUCGGCCUUGGGAGGAACUCUACAGAUCUCUCCAGUCUUUUUCUGCCUCUACUGUUUGCCCUGGAAAGUAAGGGCACUUGCGGUUGUCUGACUCCUCCCCCUUGCUCCAUCUAGCAGAUGCUCAGGCACCCUGUGCCACCUGACCUCGCCUGCAGCAUGGCCUUGCUUCCCUUUUGAAGUGCUUCGGAGGUGAGCUCCCCAGAGGUCAGCUGUUCUGCCUGAAGGCUAGGAAUGGUCAAAGAGUGUCUGCACGCACUCACACCCCAUACUGGGCCUUACGGCCUCCUGAGGAGUGAGCCUGAGAAGGUGGUGAGCAGCAGUCAGCGCCAGGACAAAAGAACCAGAGGCCAUGAGUGGCUAGGGAGAGCAGUGUGCAGGCAAGAUGGGUGAGGGAGAGCAGGAGCUGGCCAGCGGGAAGGACGGUGAGCGAGUGACUGGGUGGCCGAGAGCGUGCCAGCGGGAGUGGGAGAGUGGGCGAGUGGGCGAGCGGCUGGCUGGAAUCCUAAGCGCUGCAAUACGCCGGGCGCAGGUUCUGGUUUGGGAGAGCCAGCUGCCCAGAGCCACGUGGCCAGGACACGGCCCGAGAAGGGGUAGUAGGCGAGGCUAAGCAGAAUGUAGGCGUGACGAGGCUGGGUCUGCGCUAGCUGUGGGCGGAGUGAGUUGGGGAGGGGCGUGGCCACACUCUUCCGGGCGCGAAGAAGCGCUGAAUAGGCAGGGUGUGGGCGUGACGACCGACUGAUGGGCGUGACCUAAGCAGUUGUGGGUGUGGCCGUCCGGCCCGAGCGGGAGGAAGUCACGUGCACGCGCGGGCUCACAUGACUGGCCGCGCGAUGGACUCGCUGCCAGCUUCGGCAGUUGGGUCUGCAGCUGAGGCGGAGGCUGACGAGGAGGAGGCGGAUCCCCUGGCGACAGGCUCACCAACACUCCCGGUCAUUGAGUGGGGGGACCAAGACCCCAGGUCAAUGCAGAUGCCCCAGGGCAACCCAUUGCUGCUGCCCUACACCCUGCAGGAGCUGCUGGCCAGGGACAGUGUGCAGGUGGAGCUCAUCCCAGAGAAGAAGGGGCUCUUCCUGAAGCAUGUGGAGUAUGAGGUGUCCAGCCAGCGCUUCAAGACCUCUGUGUGUCGUCGAUACAAUGACUUUGUGGUCUUCCAUGAAAUGCUGUUGCACAGGUUCCCAUACCGCAUGGUGCCAGCUCUUCCACCCAAGAGAAUGCUGGGAGCUGACAGGGAAUUCAUUGAGGGCCGGAGAAGGGCUCUGAAGCGCUUCAUCAACCUGGUGGCCAGGCAUCCCCCGUUCUCUGAGGAUGUCACACUCAAGCUGUUCCUCUCAUUCAGUGGCCCAGAUGUGCAGAACAGGCUUAGGGAAGCAGCCCAGGGUGUUGGGGACGAAUUCCUGAACUGUAAGCUGGCGACUAGGGCCAAGGACUUCCUCCCUGCCGACAUCCAGACUCAGUUCGCCAUGAGCCGGGAGCUCAUUCGAAACCUCUACAACAGCUUCUACAAGCUGCGGGACCGGGCUGAGCGGAUUGCAUCUAGGGCCAUUGACAAUGCAGCUGAUCUUCUCAUAUUUGGGAAAGAGCUGAGUGCCUUAGGGUCUGACAUGACCCCGCUGCCCUCCUGGGCCACUCUGCAUCUGAGCACCUGGGCCUCUCUGAAGCAGGCUAUGAAGGGCCUAUCUGUGGAGUUUGCGGUGUUGGCAGACAAAGCUGCGCAACAGGGCAGACAAGAAGAGAAUGAUGUGGUGGAAAAGCUGAACCUUUUCUUGGAUUUGCUUCAGGCCUAUAAAGACCUGUGUGAGCGGCAUGAGAAGGGAGUGUUACACAAGCACCAGCGCGCACUGCACAAGUAUGGACUGAUGAAGAGGCAGAUGAUGAGUGCUGCCGUGCAGAACUGCGAGCCCGAGUCUGUGGAGCAGCUCGAGUCCCGCAUUGUGGAGCAGGAGAAUGUGAUCCAGACCAUGGAGCUUCGCAACUACUUCUCCCUGUACUGCCUGCAUCAGGAGACACAGCUGGUCCACGUGUACCUUCCCCUCACCUCCCAUAUCCUUGGGGCCUUUGUGAACUCACAGAUCCAGGGGCACAAGGAGAUGAGCAAGGUGUGGAACGAUCUGAAGCCGAAGCUCAGCUGUCUCUUUGCUGGACCCCACAAUGCACUGACUCCACCACGGUCCCCUGCAGAGGACAGCCUAUGUUCCCACUAGUUCCCAAGGCCACAGCAGAGCUCCCUGUGACUCACUAAAACCUCUUUCCAAAUAGUGUGUCCCUGGCUGAUUCCCUUCGGAUGGCGGCUGCUGCCCUAUGGUACCUGGAGGGGCUGAAGCAGAGGAGCUCAUACUGUCCAGGUCCUUGGGGACACAGCCAGCUAUCUUUACCCCAUUCCUGGGUGGGAGGCUGCACCCCUGACCAGCUCUGUGCCUAUAGACCCUGUACACCCCCCAGGGGAGAAGUUGGGGUUCUCUGCUAGAGUUGGGGGACAAGGAUUGUUCCUGCACUGCAGGUCAUGCCUUCAGGUGUGCACAGCAGCCCCUGCCUCCCCACCGUACCCAAACAGUCCAGAGGUGUUCAUCUGGAGCAGGGGUCAGCCGUAGAGGCAAGGGCAGGCAGGGCUGUCCUGUGGGCAGGUAGCCAUCAGGUGAGGAGACAGCCAGUCUAUGAUGGGCAAAGUUCAGGCUGUGGACGGGGGCCCCAGACACAAGCAGCUGGGCCACUGCUAUGUGCACCAGAACGGAAGGCAAGGCAGGAAGGCGAGCUAAUGCAAAAAGUCCCUGAAUGUCCAGGGGACAUGCUCCAGUAAACAUCUGCAAGCCUGGGCUGAGGCUUGCCGCCAGGCCAGGUAUCCUGAGCUCCCCUGUGCACGCAUGCAAGAUCCUAAGGGUCCAUGUCUUGAGUGCGAUAGGUGUAAAGAUCUCUGGGGUGAUGGUAAGGAGGCACCUCCUGUCUAUCAGAGGCUGGAAGCUAUUCCUUUACAACUCUUGGUGGCUACUGUUCGAGGCCAGGGUGUGGGGCACUGAGGUUUGUGAGGUGGGCUGGGGGCAAGUGGGAUGCAGGGGGCAGGUGCCGCAUAGGAAGAAUGCUGACUGGGCCUCAGGGGGGCAGCAUCAGUGGAGUAGAGCCUUUGAAACCAUUUUCCUUUUUUGGAGACUAUAGAGCCCUCCUGCCUGCUUGCCCAGGGCAGGGCAUUUCAAGCUGAAUAGAGCUGGCUGCCUGUUCUGUGGGGUCAGGUCUAGGUGAUGGCUAUGUUCAUCCCUCCUGUAAUGGACACACAGGGUUUUUGUUGGGCCUCAGGUGUUGUCAACCCCUAUCCUCAAUGGCCAGGGAAAGACUUAGAAGAGGCUCACAGCAUUUCUAGUUUUUCCCAUCCCAUGAUUCCUGCCUACUGUGCAUUGCCUUUCCCAGGGUAGACGGAGGCCUGGCUGGUUCUGAAUCUUGUCCUCACACUGACAGGCCAGAGUCAGGGCCGCCUUGAUCUGGCUGAUAGCUGUGUGGGACCCACUGGGAGGAUGUGGUGGCUAUGAUUUAAUACUGCUCCUAUGUGGAUGGGCAGAUUCUGCCUGUGCCUUCCUGCUACCGGGCUGGCCACAGGGCAGACUGGCCCCCUGUGGUUCAAGGUGGCUCUUGCCCCGGACCUCCCUCUGCCAUGUGGCCUUGAGUUGCUGUCCAAACUGUUCCUGGAGCCCUGACUCUAAUGCCUUCUGUGCUGCUGCUAGGAAGAGGCCCUGGGGUCAGGAGCAUGCAUCUCCAGGCAGUGGAGGAAUUCCAAAAGACAUUCCCAGAAUAU